CAGAGAAAGAGGAAGUGAAGUAGUCUACUUAUCCACGUGGGUUCUGCGCGUGUUUCCCCGUCUCUGUCCCGGCGUAGUCGACAUGGGUCGCUCGGGGAAGUUGCCCUCCGGUGUCUCGGCCAAGUUGAAACGCUGGAAGAAAGGCCAUAGUAGCGACAGCAACCCUGCCAUCUGCCGCCACCGCCAGGCCGCCCGCAGCCGCUUCUUCAGCCGGCCCUCAGGAAAAAGUGACCUGACAGUUGAUGCGGUGAAGUUGCAUAAUGAGCUGCAGUCCGGGUCCCUGCGUCUGGGCAAAAGCGAAGCCCCUGAGACGGCCAUGGAAGAGGAGGUGGCCCCCGCUCUCACGGAGAAGUCCUCGGGCACCUUCCUGAGCGGCCUCUCGGACUGCACAAAUGUCACCUUCAGCAAAGUGCAGCGCUUCUGGGAGUCCAACUCGGCUGCUCACAAGGAG